AUGCCUUCUUAUCAACACAUUGCCACUAUGAAAAAAACUCUUUUACUGAGUACUGAUCGUACGAAUAUAAUAAGCACUGGGCAGAGUGGUUCUUGGAUCAUUUAUGUUUGCCAGGGGUGCAGAGUUGGAACAUUGGACCGAGAUGACAAGCAAGGAAAAAGAGCAAACAUCACAAUGGCACAACCUGACACAGUUGUGACGCAACGUUUGUUGAAACUCCACUCCAUACAAGACGAAAACUACUUUUUAUAUCAUACAACAGGACAAAAUCAUUCUGUAGGUCAUGCCUCACGCAACACCUGUUCCUCUGAACUUUGA